AUGGCACAAUCAGAACUUAAUGGACUGUUUGCGAUGGCAGAACUCAACUACCAUGGGGUAUUUACUCGUAAUCCUUUCUCUUACACUAGUGGUGUGAAGACCAUGUUCAAUGAUGUUGACUUUUCUUCUAUAACUUAUUCUGAGUGUGUGAACUUCUUCGAACGUUUCAUGCAUGAAGAUUGUAAAAGGUUAUACUAUUAUGAACUAGACAUUUCCCUGAUUGAAGGCUUGAUCCUAUUUCAGAUGAUGUGGAAUAUGCUGCUUUUGUUUUUUGAUGCUUAUGGAACAGAUGGUAUAAUUUCUGUUUAUAUGGAUCAUAUUGGGGUUGGUGUUGAUGGGUGGUUUGAUGAUGAAGAUAAUGAUGAUGAAGUACGUGAGUCAUGUAUUGAUGGUAAAAAUGAUGAUAACAUAGAUGAACUUAGGAAUGUUGAGUUUGAAUUUAGUACGGAUGUAGUGCAUAUGAAUAUCACAUCAAUCGAUCACUAA